AUGGCCAGGAGGGAAAUCAAUGUUCCUUAUCUAAUCCUCUCACUACUCCCCCCUCCUGCAUUGGUAUCUGCCCUGCUGCUUUCGGCUCUUAUUCUCUAUGCUCCCAACUGCCAGGGGCAAAUACAGACCCUCACCAGCCUCAAUUUUUCCCUUGGACUUGGAAGUGGAGGCUCAAGCUCUAAGAUAGUGGUAGGAUUCCAAGCACCCUGGAACUUCUCUUAUCCUUUUAGCGCCCAACGGUUGGGUUCAGCAAUCCAAUUGGCUGUGGAAAAGAUCAACCAAGAGUGGGACUUGUCCUUCCUGGAUAACAAUACAUUGGAGUUUGUGUAUGCCGACUGUGGCUGCAACUCCAAACGCUCCCUCAGCAACUUCAUCUCUCAGUACCAGAAGCACCACAUCUCUGCCCUGUUUGGGCCUGUGUGUCCUGAGGCGGCUGAGGUGACGGGUCUUCUGGUUUCCUCCUGGAACAUCCCCAUGUUUGGUUUUGUCAGUCAGACCCCCAAGCUGGAUGACCGGCUGGUGUAUGAUACUUAUAUCAAGAUGGUGUCCCCCCUGCAGAGGAUCGGGGAGGCUCUGGUGAAAACCCUGCUUUUUUUUAAAUGGGACUACGUAGCUUUGUUUGGUGGGGCAGUGGCAGAGUCCACCUGGGACAGAGUCGAUGAACUAUGGCAGUCCCUGGACAAUCACCUAUCAGCCAACUUCACCGUCACCGCCAAGAUAAAAUACGACCCCGUGAGUCCAGAUAGUCUUCAGAAAAAUCUUCAGGCUGUGGCUCUUGUCUCGAGAGUGAUCGUUUUAGUGACCAGCUCAGUCGAUGCAAGAUCCAUUCUGAUUGAAGCUGAAAAACAAGGGUUAACGGACGGAAAAUACGUUUUUAUUAUGGUACAACAGUUUGAGGUCAGCGGUUUCAUGGACAAUUUCUGGAAAGACACCCUGAAAAGUGAGAAUGAGGUUAUCUUGAAAGCCUAUGAGGCAGUGCUGAUGUUAGCCCUCAAUUCUACCUAUAGCUACGCGGCCUUCAUGAAGGAGGUGUAUCAUAAGCUUACGGAGGCCCCGUUUUAUAGCGAAAUCAUUUCGGAAGCCCAGGUGAGUCCCUAUUCUGCAUAUCUCUAUGACUCUGUCCUGCUAUAUGCUUUGGGCCUGAAGGAGAUUUUCCGGCAAGGAAAGAACCCAUCAGAUGGCAGAGCAUUGGUGGAAAGUAUAAAAGGCUACAACAGAACAGAUUUUUAUGGGAUCACGGGGUCACUGAGCAUUGAUGAUAAUGGAGAGAGAUUCAUCGACUAUGCAGUGUAUGAUCUGCAGCAUUCUGAUAAUACGUCCAGAUUUGUUCCUGUGCUGCGCUUCGAUAGCCACAAGAAAACUAUUAUUCCCACCUCAGCACUCCCUUUCAUUAACUGGCCAGGAAGCAGUCUCCCCAAGGACAGGCCUCAAUGUGGAUUCCAAAACGAGUUCUGCCAAGCGUCCGUAACAGAUACCCCAGUGAUCGCGCUGAUUGCCACCUUUGUGCUCACAGCGGUGGGAGGGUUAAUCUUUCUCAUUUUCCUUGUGAUGCAAAAGUGGAAGCUUAAGAAGCAUUUUAAUAGUGACAAUUGGUGGCACAUUAACUAUGCAGAUAUCACCAUUCUCAAGGAUCAAAAGAAUACUUCAGGAACCUCCCCCCUGAGUACCCCGACAUCCAAAAGACUUGGAAGCUUUGGAUCUAGCGCCAUGGUCUCAAGCAACCAGAGUUAUGGUUUUACCGACAAACUGGGCAAGGAAGCCUUCUAUGCAACCAUAGGCCUCUAUCAGGGUAACAUUGUUGCAAUCAGACACCUCUCUGACCAGACAGCUGGAUCCCGACUCAGGAGGCCGUCAGUUGUGCGUGAAUUCCGCGUGAUGCGAGAGAUGAAAAAUGAGAAUCUGCUGACUUUUUUUGGAGUGUGCACCGAGCCUCCUAAUGUUUGCAUCGUAACGCAGUACUGCAAAAAAGGAAGUCUCAAGGAUGUUCUGCUGAACCACGACAUUGAGCUGGAUUGGAUGUUCAAGGUUUCCUUUGCCUACGACAUUGUCAAUGGAAUGGGAUUUCUCCACAACAGUCCCGUGAAUUCUCACGGGAACCUCAAGCCGACCAACUGCCUGGUAGACAGUCGCAUGCAGGUCAAACUCUCCGGUUUUGGUUUAUGGGAAUUUAAACACGGGACGAAUGUUCGGGAUAUAACAGGGAAAGAUGUCAACUAUUCAGAACUCUACUGGACAGCUCCAGAGCUUUUGCGACUGGAGAGAUUCCCCUUCCAGGGAUCCAAGAAAGGAGAUGUUUAUAGUUUUGCCAUACUAAUGAGAGAAGUGCUUCACAGCAGUGACGAUGGACCAUUUGAAGACCUCUCUUUGGAGCCUCAAGAAAUUAUCAACAAAAUUAAAAACCCUGAUUCACGGGUUCCAUUGAGACCGUCGCUGUCAGUCGAAAAGUGCAACGAGAGGAUUGUGACUAUGCUGAAACUGUGCUGGGAUGAGAAUCCAGAGAGGCGCCCCUCCUUUACCACCAUAAAGAGGAGUCUCCGAGAUGCCAGCCCUGAGGGACAUGUCAGUAUCCUGGACAAUAUGGUGAACAAACUUGAGAAAUAUGCCAACCACCUCGAGGAAGUUGUGGAAGAAAGGACAGUGCAGCUGACGGUAGAGAAAAAGAAGACCGACAAGUUAUUAUCUACAAUGCUGCCCAGCUUCAUUGCAGAGCAGCUCAUGUGUGGCAAGUCUGUAGAACCCGAGAGCUUCUCUUCCGUCACCAUUUUCUUCUCUGAUAUUGUUGGGUUCACCACAUUGUGCUCGGCCAGCACCCCCCUUGAGGUGGUCGAUUUGCUGAAUGACCUGUACAGUUUGUUUGAUGAGAUCAUAAAAACCUAUGACGUAUACAAGGUGGAGACCAUUGGAGACGCCUACAUGGUCGCCAGCGGCCUCCCGAUACGAAAUGGAAUUCAGCACGUGGAGGAAAUUGCCACGAUGUCUCUGCACUUCUUAAGUGCUAUGCUGACCUUUAGGAUAAGGCACAUGCCACAAAUAAAAUUAAAGCUCCGCAUUGGGCUGAAUACAGGUCCUGUGGUGGCUGGCGUGGUCGGAGUCACUAUGCCGAGAUACUGUCUAUUUGGUGACACCGUAAACACAGCAUCGCGAAUGGAGAGCAACAGUUUACCCCUUCGUAUCCAUGUUUCUGAAACAACAAUGGUGGCUCUGGAAUCUAUUGGGGGCUAUGAUUUAAAGCAAAGAGGGUCGAUUGAGAUAAAAGGUAAAGGAAGACUGAAAACAUACUGGCUAAGGGGUAAAAAGGGAUUUCAGAUGCUCCUUCCAGAAUUCCCAGAGGACAUGGAGGAUCCAGUUAAUUCUGUAUCUGAUCUCUGAGACCAGGAAUCUCUGUAUCUCACUGUCUCUCACCAGAGGCACAACUGAUCCAGCCAGAGAUGUCAUACACACAUUGUCUUUCCUGGGAAGUAAAUUACCAGAGCAGAGUCUUAUCCAUAUGAUUAACUACCCUUUCGGAUCUAGCCUAUAACUAGAAGACAUGGGCCCAUUCUGCCACAGAUCAACAUAUAAGCGAUGUUCUGUUACUCAGACUGUUGUGUGUAAGAAACAAUAUGGCAGCUCCCACCCACAUGUAUUAAUACAAAUAUACAGAGAAGGAAUGCUCUGAGCACAUAAUAAUCUAUUCCCUCAUAUUGUACUAUCUAAGGGAAUCAAUAUGGCACCUCCUCCCAUAU